CAUACACGCCGUACGGGAUUCGCAGUCGUUUCGUAGUGUAACGCAUCAUCAGAAAUCAUCGGCAGCAGAUUAAGGUGCACUGAGAAAGAGAAGUAGCAGAUCCAGGAAGCACCCAGCAGUGCAAAUCACGCUCCGUAGUUAGGCUGCUCCAGCGCAACAGCCCCGUUACACCGGACCAAAAGGGAGGAGAACCCAGCAUAAUUAUAGUCCACAUUCUGCCAGACCAGCCGCAAGCAGGUGGAAGCGGUUUCGAGCGACAACACCCCUGUUACAGCCCUGCCUUUGGAUGCACAAAGUGUGUUCUGUCACGGGGUGAAUCAUCGAGCGGGCCAACCAGCCAGCCAGCCAGCCAGUUCUGCGAGCUGCUUUUUCUCACGUUGGCCACGCCAACCGGAUCGGUAUCCGAGCACCGUCGCACUCCUAGGUGUCCCCCUCCCCCCCGUUUUCGCACAAGGUGCCCUCGUCGUCGAUCGUCGAUCUAUCGCUUCCGCGCGCGCGCGUGUGUGUGUAUAACCCACACCUGGCACGACGUCGCAUUACUUGCCAGAACCCCGGAACAGGACGACGGAGGUAGGAGAACCCCGGGCAGUGCCGCGCUUUUGAAUCUUCCUGCGACCACCCUUGUCAUCAAGCCCUUCCUGUAGUGUCCGUGUACGCGUGUGUAAGCCUGUGUUAGUUUGUGCCCUUGUGCACAUUGGUGCAGUCACGCGCGCGCGUGUGUGUAUGUGUGUGUGGGUGUGUGUGUAUCAACUGUAGCGUAUCCUUGUGCCCCCGGGUAAUAGAUCUCGCACUGAUCAACGUGUAAACCGGUGCCGUUUUUGUGUGUGCUUUUGAGGUCCUUGCUUGGAAAGCAAGCGUGUCCUCCUGUGUCCGUGCCGCCUGCCAGGACAGGCAGAUCAACACACGUACACCCCGUGCAGUACGUACCUGCUCCAGCAUCUGCCGACUCAUCCUAGGCUAACAAUCAACCCCCCCGGGUACGGAGGCAAGCUAGCAACAUCGAGACAGCCCCGCCAGGCAGGACCGGCACUAGUGUACCAGCAAUUCCCCCAAAAACUUAUCGAGCGAAACCUGCUGCUGGGCCGAACCGAGCACCGAUCAACCUUCAAACCCUAGUCGUUCCGCGUGCCGACACACACAGUAAUGGCGAAGAAGACGUACGACCUGUUGUUUAAGCUGUUGCUGAUAGGUGAUUCUGGUGUCGGCAAAACCUGCAUCCUGUUCCGCUUCUCCGACGAUGCCUUCACCUCGACGUUCAUCUCCACCAUCGGAAUCGAUUUUAAAAUAAAAACGAUCGAGCUGCGCGGUAAGAAGAUCAAGCUGCAGAUCUGGGAUACGGCCGGCCAGGAGCGGUUUCAUACCAUCACCACCUCGUACUAUCGUGGCGCGAUGGGCAUCAUGCUGGUGUACGACAUCACGAACGAGAAAAGCUUCGACAACAUCGUCAAAUGGUUACGAAAUAUAGACGAGCAUGCUAACGAGGACGUGGAGAAGAUGAUACUCGGGAACAAGUGCGAUAUGGCCGAUAAGCGCGCAGUGCGCAAGGAGCGGGGCGAAAAUAUUGCCCGCGAGCACGACAUACGCUUUAUGGAAACCUCAGCGAAAGCGAAUACCAAUAUCGAACUGGCGUUCCGCGAACUCGCCGAAGCGAUCCUGGACAAGACGGCCGGCAAGGAGACAACCGACAAUCCGGACCGAGUGGUAGUGAAUCGGGGCACGGGUGAGCGGCCGCCCGCCUACAAAGCGUGCUGCGCGUAGUGUGCUGCCUGCGACAGUCAACAGUUCGGGGUUUACAACCAUCUGUGGUCGUAGUGCUUCGGGUUGGGUCAGUGUUUGGGCGUAUGCCGCCCCGUCGUUGUCACCGUUGACACACCACCGCGGACCCCUGUCGCUAUCGCAUCCGCUGCCCGGCAACAAUUUGCUGGUUGCGAGAUUGGGUUCACUAGAUUAAUUUUAAGUUUCCAAGUUCGGCUUUUGGCACAUGUGGUUCGCCGAGGUGGUGCUGUGAACAUGCACCCUACUGCUCUACUCAUUCUCUACCACGCCCUCCUUAAUUCUAUCAGCGAUUCAUUUACACUUUUGUUAGUUUUAUGGUCGCUCCAUUUUUCUGGUCUGUUUUUUAUUUUGUUUGUGUGUAACAUAACCUUUGUCAGAGACUGGCUCCUUUUGGUCCAGAACUUUUCAAUAUUUCCCACCGCCUCCAAUGUCCAAAGACAGUGUUAAUGCAUUUUUAAACAGAGAAGGUUCUGGUGGUUUUUAAUCAAUUCCUUAUUUUCGUAGAAGAGAUAAUCUUUUACGCAUCGCAGAAGAUGCCCAUUUCACGAGGUUCUUUUCGAAGCCGAUGUGUCAGCAUUUGUAUACGUACGAUCACCACUUAGCGAAUUCCACGUUUAAAAAUUAAAAAACGCAAAAGCAAAAACACGGCUUAACGCAAAUCAUCUGGUGGACGCUGCCAGAUGUUGCGAAAUUCGAAGCAUAAAGUGGAAUCUAGCGCUCGAAAAUCGCGACACAGAUUUCAGUGUACUGGCAAACCGUAACGGAGCCGAAUAUAUUAGGCAAGCAAACGGAUCUUCUGCUUUACGUUCACACUUUUCCCCAUACCCUGCAUUGUACGGGGGUCGUUUACAUGCAUGAAAAGGACGCGGCGAAACCUUAAGCUGUAAGUUGUAAAUGGUGUAUUCUUAUUAUUUUAUUUUUUAUCUAUUGACGCAUUGGUGCAUACUCAUGUAUGCAUGUGUAUACAUUUGUUUUUUAAAGAACAUAGCAAACACGAUACAAAUCUAAAAACAUUUUAUUGCGCAUGGGUUCGGCUAGGUACGGAUACUGAUAGUAAGCUUUUAAUGUACGCCCAAACUAUGUGUUUUUGUAAACAAACCUUUGCGGACUAAUAGCUUAGCAGCGUACUAGACAAAUGUUAAAUAAUGCAUUAUCUAUCACCGUAUAGACGAUCGGUUAAGGCGAUCACAGCCAGUGAUUUGACCGAGAGGGAUCCCUACUACCUGCGGCGGAGGCCAAUCGUUUUAUUUUAAAACUGAAAACACGCGAAUAGCAGAAGUAUGUUUAUUAUGUUAGCAAAAAUUUACUAAAUUGUAGUGCUUCUGGUAUGGCUUUGUGUGCUCUCACACAGGAUAGUGAAACAAAAGAAAAGGGAAAAGUAAACCAAACAAAGAGAUUGCUUGAGACGGUUGUUAUACAUUACGAUUGAGAUUUGGGUUCGACAGCGUGGUGUCACCGUAGUUGUCGCUUCUGUUUGUUUUUUUUUAAGAUAACGUUCUAUACAUGCCUUUUUUGUUUUCCAUGGUAUUCAACACGUCUACGUAAAUGUGAAUCAAGAUUUACUAACUGAAUGUACGACAUAACUUACCAUAUGCAUGGUUCUAUUGGUUACAGAGCAAUAGACCGUUACUAUUGUUGACAGAGCAGAGAAUGGGACAGUACAUAAUGAAUGGGAUGUAGCAAGACAGGAGCAAACUUUCUUUGCGAUAAAACACAUACAAAUGAUGUGAUUAGUUUAUUCUCCUCCCAAAUAUUUACCAUUUCACGCCUCGCGUUUGCAAAGCAAAACAAUUGGUAACCAUCACAUCCACGUAGCAGAAUAAUCGGUACCCAUCACAUCCACGUACAUCUAUCGUCCAUCAUACAGUGAUCGACGUCGCUUUGUUUUCCAAAGCCGUAUGAAUGUUGAUCCCUACACCUGGGCAAACGAACUUGCGAGAACAUUUGAUUCGAAGGCAAACCAUUUAAAAACGAAGAGACGAAAGUUGCGUAAACGGUCGAAGAAUGCAGGAGUAUAGCUACUCCAUGAAAUAGAGUCUGUUGUUCGGGCUUGAAUAUCUGUAAGGAGCGUCAAAACAAAAUUAAUUUAAACUCGGUAGGAGUUAUGAUGCAAUUAUUUUUUUUUUUCUAACUCAGUUGUUUGUUGAAGCAUAUCGAAUGGACAAACGGUGGAAUCUUGUGGCGAAGCGACAGAAAUCAAUCAAAUCGGAUGAGACCAAGCGUAUGUCAGAGCAUGUGGUGUAGGUUCGAUUUACCAUACAGCAUUUGACGAGGGUAAGCACAGGGAAGCCAAUGUGAACCUGCCUGCCGCAUGACGACCCGUAAAGUACACGAUAUGACAUUGUUCGUUUCGCUGGGAUUGAGAAAAAAAUGAAGGUGGCAGACCUCACAAUUUAUCCAAUGGGGCUUCGUCCGACGGGAACUGGAAUAAGUUAUAGCAGUAAGGGUAGCCGGUACGAAGCGGGAUAAUGAUUGAGCAAUGCGGCGGUGCACAGACUUACUUGAUGUUGUUAAGUAACAUAUUAUUGCAUGAUUUAUGACAUUGAAAAGCUGAACUAAUAAAUAGACACAAAUGUACUGAAAUCAA